GAACGCGUCGGGAUUUCGGCACGGUCCGGCCCGUAAUGCACCAAUGACGUCUGGGGAAUUCCUCAAAAGCCGGCCAACUUCCCCCGCCAGCCGUUUCCUCGAGGAGUCGAGCAACACAGAUUCAUCGACUGACUCUGUAACUGUCGAGAUCUUCCGCUGCCUCCAACUCCAAACAGUGCGCCUUCUUCACAUACAACCCUCGAAUUCCUUUCCAUCCACACUCGCCGCAAUGUCCGGAGCAAGAGCCGUCGUCAAGACGCUGGACCACCUCGUGCUUACCUGCGCCAGCGUCCCGCGAACGGUCCAGUGGUACACCAAGCACCUCGGCAUGAAGGCGGAAACCUUCACGUCGCCCCUGGACCCGUCGGUCCAGAGACACGCCCUGAAGUUCGGCCCGCACAAGAUCAAUCUGCAUCAGCAGGGCAAGGAAUUCGAGCCCAAGGCCAAGACGGCGCUCCCGGGCACGGCGGACCUCUGUUUUCUGGUCGAGGACGGGACGGACCUCGAGGAGCUCAUCAGGGGCUUCCAGGGAGACGGGGUCCAGGUCCUCGAGGGCGAGAAGGUGGUUACACGGACGGGUGCCCGGGGCCCUAUUCAGAGCGUCUACGUCAGAGAUCCCGACGGAAACCUGAUCGAACUUUCUCACUACAAGUCCUGAGUGGUAUAGGGUGCCGGUUGGCUUUCAUGGUCACGGCAACAGAUAACACAUUUAGGCGGAGACACCCGUUGUAACAACUAGACGUUUCAAGAGUUUAAAAUGAAGAACAUGAAGAUCUGA